GACAACUGCAAAAUCAAUUAUGCGUAGAUUGCUGACUGUUCUAUUUGUUUCAGUCGCGCUGGCGGCAGAUCUAAUCGUCGAUCUUCCCGAUGGCAGAAUUCAAGGUACCGUGAUCACCAACGAGAACAAGAGCUACUACGCUUACAGAGGAAUUCCGUUCGCAACUCCUCCACUUGGCAAGCUGAGGUUCCAGGCUCCCCUACCUCCUCAACCGUGGGACGGCAUCUUGGAAACGAAGGAAUCAAAAGACUGCUGCAUUUCCAUGACCGAAAACAUCCUACAAAACGGCGCGCAGAGUGAAGAUUGUUUAUACCUUAAUGUUUAUACUCCUGCGAGAGAGAUCUCUGAAAAAUUGCCCGUAAUGCUCUGGAUAUACGGAGGUGGGUUCCUUAGUGGGUGCGCAGAGGACGACACAACUGGACCCUACCGUUUCUUAGACGAAGACGUCAUAAUCGUCUUUGCCAACUAUAGACUGGGAUUGUACGGCUUCUUGUCCACCGAAGACGACGUCGUUUUGGGCAAUGCAGGACUGAAGGAUCAGCUCCUGGUCAUGAAAUGGAUCAAAAACAAUAUCGGUUUGCUGGGCGGAGAUCCCGACAAACUGACCAUAUUUGGGACUAGCGCUGGUGGGAUUUCAGUAGGGGCGCACGUCGUAAACACCAAAGCUGCGGGUCUCUUUAGCGGGGCCAUUUGUCAGAGUGGCUGUUCGUUGUUUUACGAAGGAAGUAUAAAUCAAGUUAACGCGAGACAAGCCGCUUACGAAUACGCGAAGUACGUAGACCCUACAAUUUCUGAGAAAAACACCUCUACAGAGAUUCUGGAGUUUUUGCAAAGCGUUCCGGCGGAAGUGUUGACGCCUGCUUUUAACGUAAACAAGCAGACAGGAUUGGUCGUCGAGGUCGAACACGAAGAUGCCUACAUCACAAAUCUUAGUUUUCCCGUACUGGAGUCUGGGAAUUUCAAUCAGGUUCCUUUGAUACUGGGCACUUCUUCAGCGGAAUCUCUUACAUUCUUUGCCGUUUUAGGAGGUGAAUUACUCAUCAGGGCAAUGGCGGCAGCCUACGAUGAAAAUUCUGUUGCCAUCUUACCAGCCGAUUUGGUACUACUGCCAGGUACUAACGCGACGGAGGUCGUUUUGAUGAUGAAGGAAGCGUACGUUGGUCCAAAUGGAACAUUCAGUGAAAAUUUAGCUGCCGUUGUAGACUUAUCCACCGACAUUUUGUUCAUGAAGUCAACUUUGAAACAGGCGGAAAUGCAAUCGAAAUUUAGCCCCGUAUACCAUUAUAUAUUUUCUUUCGAAGGAUUCGAAAGUCCGUUAUUUCCAAAGAUCGAAGGGGCGGGAAAAGCGGGACACGGAGAAGAAGGUCCGUAUCUUUUUAACUCAAAUCCAUUGGUCGAGGAUCGAGAUAUUUUGCUCAGCAAGCAGAUUGUCAGACUAUGGAGUAAUUUUGCAAAAACAUUAAACCCCACCCCUGACCCAACGGAUCCGCUGUUCAACCUCACGUGGCCGCAAGUUACGCCGACAAAUAUUCAGUAUUUCGAUUUCGACGAUCAAAUCGCAGUGAGGCCGAACAAAAAAGAGAAGGAAAUGGCCAUGUGGAACAAAGUUUAUUAUACGUAUGGUCAGCAACCGUUUAUCGGGUUUUGAUUUUUUCGAAAAAUAUACGAACUGAAUUAAA